UCUUUUCGAGUGGAUGCCCAGAUUGAAACUACUGUAGUAUGUCCACCUCCGUGACCGUGCGCCGCCCCUGCCUGCUCACCCUCGCCGCCAUCCUCGCCAUCCUCCUCAGCUUUCCGCCGGAGACGGCGCAAUAUGCCUAUGGUCCUCUCCUCAACUUUCCACCGCUAACGGCGCAAGUUUCGUAUGACCCUCCGUGGUCCGACGAGUUCUGGGCCAACGAGGCCGUCCUCGGCGCGGAGGCCGACGUCGCCGCCAGACGCGCGGAGGCCGGCGGCUACGCAUACGGCUGCGCCAGGCUAUGGCUCGCAUGGGGCUGCCCUCCCGCUCCCGGCGAGGGCGUCAACGGAACCCUUGUCCAUGGGAGGCGGUCCUACGAUCGGGAGCUGGAUCGCUUCGAGGAGGAGAGGCGGCAAUGCCGCGACGACCGCGUCCCUCGGAACCAUCCGGAGGAACACCUCUUCCGUCGCACCUACCCGGCGACUACUUUUGAUCUUCGCUGUUGUGCCUGUUGCUUUUCAUGUGGUCGGUACUACUGAGGGAGACUUCAAA